GACUCAUAAUUUCUUUGAAACGUCAUUUGGCCUGCCUUUAAGGUCAGAAAUGUUGAGUAAAAGCUAUGUGUUCGUCAUGCUCUGGAUGAGUAAAUUCGCAAGUAGGAAAGCACGGUUCUUUGUCUUACUAACGUCAACAUGGAUGCUUUAUGUCUUGACCGCUGUCCCCCCAGAUCUUUACAUGGGCUGCUAUAAGGACGGAACUGCGCCUCGUGACCUGAUCUACGGAGUUCGGAUCAGUGGGCAAACUCCGAAAACGUGUCACGCAAGGUGUCUUCAGCUUGGAUACAUGUUCUUCGGUCUGCAGGACACGACCGAGUGUCGAUGCGACAAUGACUAUGGUAGAUACUGGGUACUAGCAGACAGCAGUUGUAGCUAUAGUUGUCCAGGUAACAGCUACCUCAAGUGCGGUGCGGGGAUGGUCAACUCUGUCUACAGAGUAGAAAAAUUGCUUUCUCAAUUCCUGGGCUGUUACAAAGAGGGCACGCCACGUGACCUAUGGGGCGACCAAUCACUGCUCGACGGAAGAAUGUCUGCCCCGGAAGUGUGUGUUGAGAGGUGCAAGAAAAAAGGUUUCCACUUCGCAGCUGUAAAGAACUACGCCGUUUGCACCUGUGGAGUUAGCUUUGGGCGGUACGGGAAAGCAAACCCGAAAGACUGCAACCCGAAGUGCAGUAACGGAGAACAUUGCAGCACGAUCGAUGCCAACAGCAUCUACAGAACAGGUGAAGCCAGUCUAUAUCAUGGGUGCUACCAAGAUGACAGUACUUAUCGAGACGUGCCACUACUUGGGAGUUUUAAUGACAACACACCAGCCACGUGCUGUGCAAGGUUAGCAUGGUAUCUGACCACUAUUUGCUAUGUUUGAAAAAUGUUAUUUAACUUAGCAGUUUGCUUUCAACACUAGAAAUUAGCCUAUAGGUACCCCCAAUAUAAGUGACCUACAACCAAUGACCUAUAGCACCACCUACUAUAGACUGACCCAUAAGUACCACCCACUAGAGACUGACCUAUAAG